AUGGGUGCUCCCAUCCUCGCCUGCGUCAAGAAGAACAUCCCCGACAUCUUCAUGGACUGCCACAUGAUGGUCUCGAAGCCUUCUCAGGAUGAGGCCGGGGAGUUUGUGAGCGGAGCAGGAGCAGGAGCAGGGUAUCGAGCGUCGAACGGAGAGCUGCAUGGGUAUAGGUGCGCUAACGCGCAGUGGGUCAAGGACGUCGCCGAGGCCGGCGGCAAGCUGUACACCUUCCACCUCGAGGCUGCCAAGGAGGACGCCAAGGCCGUCAUCGACCUGAUCCACUCUCACGGCAUGCUUGCCGGCGUCGCCAUUAGCCCCGAGACGCCCGCGUCCGCCAUCACGGACGAGAUCGGCAAUGCUGCCGACCACCUGCUCGUCAUGACUGUGCGCCCCGGGUAUGGCGGGCAGAAGUUCAUGCCCGAGUGCCUGCCCAAGUGUACCGAGCUCCGGGCCCGGUUCCCGGACAAGAACAUCCAGGUCGACGGCGGUGUUGGCGCCGGCAACGCUUGCCAGUGCGGAAAGGCUGGCGCCAACGUGCUUGUCGCUGGAACUGCUGUGUUUGGAUCCAAGGACCCGAGGCAGACCAUCAAGGAGAUGCGCACGGCGGUCGACGAGGGCGAGGAGGCCAAGUAG